AUGUGGCUGCCCCAAAUCACAGCUUAUUUGUGCUUGGCGGUGUUGGCCGCCAUUGGGCGUGCCAAUGCCUAUGAGAAGGAUCCCGAUAUCAAAUCCAUCCCUCUGCGGACUCACAGCCUUUCUCCGCCAUACUUGGACUCGGACAUGCACAGCAGAUGGUGGGAUUUCGGCGGUGAUACCAUCAUACGUACGGACAAGUAUAUCCGCCUAACCUCGAACCGGCCUUCCCAACAAGGGUGGAUCUUUUCUCGCAUUCCCCUCAUUGCGACGAAUUGGGAGAUCGAGGUUGAGUUCAAACUCCAUGGCACGGGGCACUUGCAUGGAGACGGCUUUGCCAUCUGGCUCACGAAAGAGCGCGCCACCCAGGGCCCCGUUUUUGGGUCGACAGACAAGUUUGAGGGCUUUGGAAUCUUCUUCGACACGUACAAGAAUAAUCGACCGGGCGUUGCGUUUCCGUACGUGAUGAUCAUGAGGGGUGACGGUCAGACGAGCUACGACCAGGAGCACGAUGGAAAGGCGAAUGAAAUUGCCGGCUGUUCGGCUCGCGGUCUUCGGGACGCAUCGGUUCCUACCAAAGCGCGCCUGACCUACUUCCAGGACAAAUUCCUCAGUCUCGACCUCCAGUACAAGACUGAUGGGUCGUGGACGAACUGCUUCACGCUGAACGCGAACGAGCAUAAUAUCGCCCUCCCCUCGGUUACGUACCUCGGCUUGUCCGGUGAAACAGGUGAGGUCAGUGACAACCAGGACAUCAUCUCGGUCACGACGAACAACCUGUACAGCGUCGGCAACAAUGCAGGCCGUGGAGAUACCGGGGCAGGUUCCAGUGGCCGUGGCCGCAAGUCCCACGAGAAGAAAGGUGGCAGCUGGGGCUGGUUCUUUUUCAAGGUGUUUAUGUUCUUUGGUGCUAUUGGGGGCGCAUAUGUCGGGUACACCAUCUACCGGACGAGCAAGCGGUCGUCGAGAUUCUGA